CGUCGAUAUUUCAUUCAGCUUUUUUUGGCAGGACUAAGCAUAAGAUGCCAGGAAUUAUUUAAAUUUUUCGAGUCUAGCAGUUCCGCAGUUGAAAAUCAGUUCUCCCGUAGAAGCGCCAAGUUUACAGAAAUUCAGGUGGCUGUGAGGAAAGUGUCUCACCGAUUCCUUAAAACCAAACACUUGAUAACUAUUCCCGUAACUUGAAACACAGUCCACAUUUUGGUCCACUUCAUCGCCAGGAGGUAUUCAUCCAAGGCCCGACUGCCGUUUCCACCUGAGACAGGUGCUAUUGCAAGUCCAGCCGAACAGGACGCCAACCAGACAGGUCAACUGACCUCCACCCAGCUGCACGAGGAGGCCGAUCCUGGCCAGAAAAUCGCCAUGGAGCGACGCUACCUGAAGAACCCCUUCGCCGAUUUCGCCGGCGGAGAGAACACACCAUUUGCCAGCGACGAGGAGCACAUCAAGAACUUGAUCUGCACUUACGUGGACGCCAUGCUGGAGCACUGUCAUCCAAACAACGACGAGGAGGACAACCGCGGGGAUCUGUAUGUGGGCAACGCCGGCAUAGCCUUCAUGUUCUGGAAGCUCAACAGCUGCGAACAGACGCGCGAUCUUUAUCCGGCCCUGGAGCACGCAGCGGCCUUCAUCCGAAACGCCAAGGCGAAUGCUAAGCGCUACAAGAAGCGCUCCGCGGAGCGCUACUCUUUCCUGUGCGGCAAUGCCGGCAUCUAUGCCGUUUCGGCAGCCAUCUCGCAGGCGAUCAAGGACACCGAGGAGCUGUCGAACGACCUGGCCAACUUCAAGUCCGGCAUCCCGUCCAGCAAGGAGUUUAUGCAUACCAAGUACGGCUGUGACGAGGUGCUGGUCGGCCGGGCAGGCUACCUAUCUGGUUGCUAUUGGCUGAACGACGUGCUGCCGGAGAAGAAGAUCACCGACGACGACCUGAUCUCCAUUUGCCAGCUGAUCGUGACCAGUGGCCGGGAGUACAGCAAGCUGAACAGCUCGCCCUGCCCGCUGAUGUACCAGUACCAUGGUACGGAAUACCUGGGAGCAGCCCACGGCCUGUGCGCCAUCCUGCACAUGCUGCUGGACAGCCCGUGGUUCCGCACGAUUCCCAUUUCGGCGCCGGCCGCCGAGCUGCGCGACAUCAAGCGCUCGAUUGACUUCUUCCUGGCCCUGCAGGACGCCGAUGGCAACUUCCCGGUGGCCCUGGAGGAUCUGCGCUCCGGCCGGGACAAGCGUCUGGUGCACUGGUGCCACGGGGCACCCGGUGCCGUCUAUGUGCUGGCCAAGGCCUAUCUGAUAUUCAAGGAGGAGAAGUACUUGGCCUCGCUGCGCCGCUGCGCGGAUAUGGUCUGGAAGAAGGGCUUCCUGCGCAAGGGACCGGGCAUUUGCCACGGUGUGGCGGGCAAUGGCUAUGUGUUCCUGCUGCUGUUUCGUCUGACCAACGAAAUGAAGUACCUGUACAGGGCGCACAAGUUCAUGGAGCUGCUGACCAAUGCGGAGUUCAAGCUGCGCGCCAGGACACCCGAUCGUCCGCACAGCCUGUAUGAGGGCGUGGCCGGCACCGUCUGCUUCCUGGUGGAUCUCCUCGAGCCGGAGCAGGCCUACUUCCCGUUCAUGGACGUAUUUCACUAGGAGAGGGGAGUUUGUGGACCAAGCCCGAAAACACAGUGCUCAACACGACUUUCAAAUCAGGGAGAGUUACUCAUAAUUUCUAGUCACUUGUUUGCCGAUUUUCCGUUGUAGUUCUUUCAUUGUUGCCUUUGCGUUAACCCAGCGAAAUGGGACGAUGGAGUGGAAGAUGGAGGACGCUAGACGCUAGGUCCAGAUGAAGUCCGAACCCGAUCUCUCAGAGCGCACCGCAUGCAGGAAUGUUCUUAGCCAUUCUCAUAUCAAAAUUCUCUGUGCUUUACGCUAAGCAAUUAACUUAAUACAUUGAUACUUAUACACAUACAUAUUACAUAUACAUUAUAUUUAUAUACAAUUUAUAUUAUAUAUAUACAUAUAUAUAUACAUACUUGCGCUGACAUCUAUAUACAGACGAACAUAAUACUUAAAUGCAUAGUGUGCUUUAUACCUACGAGUAAUCCACGAAGAGCUCUAAAUCUAUUGUCAAUGAGAAUCAAAUAAAUCAUUGUACUAUUUUAUACAGAUAUGUACAAGCCUGUGGCCAGGUUCGAUCCACCCCUGCGGGAAUCGAUGGUUACACGGGUGAAUACCCCAGAA